AUGAGUCACACUCCCUUGCCUAUUUCUUUCCCGCCUUUCUCCCUCUCGGCACUUUUAUCGGAGCAGACCAGGCUGUGCGUGUCCCUUCCAGAGCCUCAGGAGCUGACUCCGAGCAAGUACACGUUGGACGCCCCCGAAUUCAGUUCUCUUCUGAGCGGAGACGCGGCGGAGCAAGCUUCAGGCCGAGUGCCUCGUUGUGGGGGAGCCCAAGGAGACGCUCCCGAGAGCCUUCCCGGCUCGGGGAUUGCCCACGUAGCCCAGCGCUCCGGACCCUUUCCGUGGGACUGGGGAGGCGGCGGGGAGAGGAGCGAGAUCCCGGGCAGCUGCUACGGGCCAUAUGCUCCAGACCUAGCGACGUCUUACUUGUCGACAUGUAUUAUUAGAUUUGAUACUAACACAGUGGAAGAACAAAAAUGGGCUCAGGCAAUUAGUGAAAAUUCAUUUGUGACUUUCACUGAUGAAAAGCCUUCCAAGUUCCCCAAAAGAUAUGCUACUGAGUCCUGGUUUGAAGUCUCAAGUAUUCCUCUUGACUACGCAGUCUUACAAUUGAAGGGAAAUGAAAUUCCUAAAAGUUUAUUUAAGCAGAAGCAGAACACUGAAACGCCCCGUGAUGGCACAGUUUUUAUUAUUGGACACCCAGAAGGAUGGCUGAAGAAAAUUGACAUCUGUAUGAUGAUCCCUCUGGCAGAAAGGGAAAAUGCAUGCCAGACAGUUCUCCAGGAUAGGAAGAAGUCAGAAUGUAAUCCUACAAACUGUCCUGAAAAUAAAACAAACUGUGUCCACAUGUUCAGCCCCAAGAGUUUCAGAGAACACAAAGUGAUGGAUUCUGAAGAUUCCUUGACCUACCAUACCAGCUUCUUCUUUGGGUCCUCUGGCUCCCCAGUACUGGAUGCAUCUGGUCGCCUGGUUGCCUUACAUGCUGCUGGCUUCUCAUAUACAUAUCAUCAACAGCAACAGAGCAUCAUUGAGUUUGGCUAUUCUAUCAAUUCCAUUCAUGAAGAUAUGGUGCACAAUCAUGGAAGUUGGUAUAAUUUAUUAUUUCCAUACCAACAGGAUGUAGAAAUGGAGAGCUGUGAUGAUGCUCCACAAGGUUUUUGCCUUCAAGGAAGACGCCUCUGAUGCUUUCUGCAAUCUGAGGGAGAAGACAGUGGUUUCCCAAGACUUAAACCAGGGUCUGUGCCCUGGUACUGAUUAGAGUUCUUUCAUACAUUCCCAUUCUCAUGGACACAUAAGUUCUCAUGGAAGAUUGACAACUGACAUUUACAUAGCACCUUAAGGGUUGCAUAACCCCUUCUAGAAAUUAUCUUCCCUGAGCCUCACAACACUAUGAUGUGGGUAUCUAAAACCUGAGGCUGGAAGAAAUACUAAACGGUUAUAGGCUGAUUGGGGUCAGAGACUGGGGUCCAAAUGCCAGUUUUCUUGACUUCAAGUCAAAUACCUCUCCACACCUCACGCCGCUUCUCCAUUUCUGAAAUAGCAAGUGAAGAAAAUGACCAACAAUCCUCCUCCGUGUUCCUCUGGCAUCUGGUGACAGCAAAAACUGAAGAAAACUGACAGCCCAUUGGAUGGACUUGCUCUGGGGCUCUAAAGAAUAAUAGAGUCUAGAUGUGGAAGGGAUGAGUAGGUGUGACUGGCUUAUGGUCUAGAUCAUUGGAGGAAAGUCCCCGUCUCAUCAAUUUCAUAACUCUCCUGAAGACCUAAAUGAUUGAAAUAUAUCUGGGAUACUACUGUACCUUGUGGGCUUUCUCCUGUUCUUAAUUUUUUCCCAGUUCAAUUAUUUUUCCAAUUAUAAGUAUUCUCAAUAAUUUUUUUUUACUACUUUUAGCCUGGAAGUAGUAUUUGUCAAAAGAUUAUGAAACAAUAAAAACAAUACAAUACAA